AUGGGCCAAGCCGAGGUGACGCUGGAGGACUGGGCGGGGGGGGACGAUUUCUUCGCCGCCCCGGAUGCGAAUGCCGAAGAGGAGGAAGAGAAAGAGAGGGAGAGGAGCCUUGCGCUCUUGAAGCGGAUGGAGGCCCCCUUGACCCUCUGGACGGUCCCGGAGAUAGCCAGCAGCGGGAUGUCGACCGAGGAGGCCCUGGCCCGUGGAGAGAGGCUGGCGGAGACGGAGGAGCAGGGCGGGGGUAUCGUCUUCGGCUACGCAUUCUUCAAGGACCUGGCGCGAGGCCGUCUCUCAGGCGAUUUGAACGGAUUCUUGAAGAUUAUCGCCAGGGCGGAGGGAGGCAGCGGGCAAAAGAUGCGGCACACGAUCAUCGGCGUGCACAUCGUGGGGGACGGAGCCAACGAGCUGAUUCAGCUGGGGUCCAUGCUCGUUCACUCCCACAGCACCUUAGAGGAGCUCAGCAACAUGCCCUUCGCGGCCGUCACCUUGAGCUGCCUGUACCAGGUCGCCUCCGAUGACGCCCUGUGUCGAAGCCCCUUCAGCAGCAUGCGGAAGCCGGCGGAUGUCGCGGUCGGAGUGGGAGAGAGGACGGGCGCAGGGAGAGUGCGAACAGGGGCGGGAGCGGACUGA